AUGAGAAGAAAAUAUAAUCCGAAAAUUAGUUGUUCACUUAGUAGGAUUGGAAGUUUUGAUGUAUUGGAAGAAUUAGAGAAAACAAAGUCAGAGAUUGCUUCGAUAUUUAGUCCUACAAAUUCUCAGUGCUCAUCUCCACUUUUGAGUCCGAAACGAAAACCAACAAGAGUCAAAGAAACAAUUUUCGAAAAAUUACCUCCUAUAAGUGUUCAUAGAAAUCCAAUGAGCAUGAUAAGUGGCAGAGAGAUAAACUAUGAGUUAAAAAAGAAAUAUAAACCCAAAAAUAAGAGCAGGCUAAAGCAAUGGGCUGUUACAAGAAAUAUUAUUGAUAGAAAUAUCAAUCUUGACAGAGCUGAGUCAUAUUUGGAAAACCAUGGGAUUAGAUUUUCUCACUACUAUUCUCAAUCUGGUUUGUAG